CAAAAAUGUACAUGAUCAUAAGCAAGAAUCUAAUCACAUUUCUUAUAAUAUUGGCCUCGUCGCCAUCUCGAUCCAACGGCCAGCAGCAGUAUUCAGGUAAUUCGGUUAUGAACUGUGAAGCAUCCGAUGAAACAGGACCAUCUCCGGCCUUCCUCUACAGCUGCAACGACGAAAGGCCUUCUUGCAAAGCCAUAUUGAUGUUCAGAACCCAACCACCUUAUUCCUCAGCCUCGUCCAUUGCCAACCUAACCUCGUCCGACCCUCAAGAGCUGGCACGCCUCAACAACAUCACGGCCUCUGAGAUCCUACCUCCCGACAGUGCUGUGUUCGUUCCUGCAACGUGCUCGUGCUUGGGGAAGUACUAUCAGGCCAACACCUCCUACGUCUACAAGUCCACGAAUGAGACAUACUUCACCAUUGCAAACCAGACUUACCAAGGCCUCACCUCAUGUAAUGCCCUCAAACACCAGAACCCUUAUAACAAAUUGAAGUUAAUCCCAUCAACGAAUCUUCGGGUGCCCCUCAGGUGUGCUUGUCCGAGUCAGGAGCAGAUAUCGAACGGGACCAAGUUUCUGCUCACAUUCUUGUUAACAUGGCAUGAUUCUGUUGCUAAUAUUAGUAAAAAGUUCAAUGUGAGUGCCAAAAGUGUAGCUACAGCGAAUGGAUUUGCUACCGAGGAUCCAAUCGUUUAUCCCUUCACAACUAUCUUGAUUCCUCUACAAACAGAACCUCAAGCUUCUAAGUUGAGAUGGUUUUUCUCUACAUCCUUUCCAUACGCAGCAGUGUCCCACACAAAGCCGUUUCGAUGGAUUUCUGUGGGGGUAGGUGCUGGUGCUGCUCUGGUUGUAUUUUGCUUUCUUGCUCUCCUCGGAUUCAUGCAUUUUAGGAGAGUUAGAGCUGCUCGAUUCUCGAGGGAAAUGAAGGAGAGAUUACCUGAGCACUUUCUAGAUAAGGUUGUUGGAAUAGGGGAAAGUUUGAAAAUAUACAAGUAUGAAGAGUUGGAGGCUGCAACAGACAACUUCAGCCCACAGAGGAGGUUGAGUGAGUCCAUCUACCAUGGGAUUCUUCGUGGGAAUCGAGUAGCUGUGAAGAAGACAAGCAGAGAUAUCUCCAAAGAGAUUAAAAUUCUUGGCAAUCUCAACCACUUCAACUUGAUCAACCUCUAUGGUGUUUGUGAGCAUCAUGAAGUAUUCUACCUAGUUUAUGAGUACAUGGAGGAGGGCUCUUUAAAGAACUGGCUUUGUAGAGAAACGAGUGCCUUCGCCCACAGUUGGAACCACCGGAUUCUCAUUGCUCUAGACGUUGCAAAUGGGCUCGAUUAUCUACACAACUGCACUUCUCCAGCUUAUGUGCACAAGGAUAUCAACAGUUGCAAUAUCUUACUCAACCGCGAACUCAGAGCAAAGAUCACAAAUUUUAGCUUAGCUGGAGAGAAUGGGAAGUCACAUACCGGCUCGGUUGUUGGAGAAAAGGGUUACAUGGCACCGGAGUAUGUUGAAGCAGGGGAGGUAAGCCCUAAGAUAGAUGUCUACGCGUUUGGGGUGGUGCUGUUGGAGUUGAUCACCGGAAGAGAAGCUGUGUUGGUAAAAGAUGGUGAGGAAUCUCUUCUGUCUGAAGUAGUGAUCUCUGCUGCUGAUGGAACACACAUGGCAGAUGAUGCUAAUGCCCUUGUUGAUCCUCGUCUUCAUGUGAAGCAUCCACUUGGCUUCGCCAUCGACCAGAGUGAGCUAGCACUGCGUCUGCUGAAGCUGUGCGCCGCGUGCUUGGCUCCACAACCUACCACAAGAUUAAGCAUGGGUGAAGUUGUUAAUGCUCUCAUGAAAAUUCAGCCUGAUGUCUACAAUUCUCAAUCAUUUUCCAUUGAAUAA